AGCACAAUACGAUAUUUAUACAGUGCAAACCUUACAACAGUGCGCCUUGCGGCAAAUAUCAUACACGAGUAAAACGCGUAUGAUUAAUUAUUUCGUGCGUGUGUGAAUGUGUUACUACGUGGGAAGCGGAAUCAUCGGUGAUUGUGAGGCAUUCGCGUCGCGCGUUUCUAUUUCAGUGGCUCGCGGGACGCCUUCCAAGCCAGUCGCGAAACGAGCGCGUGCUACCGCCAAAAGUGAGAUGUGGAUGCAAAUGUAAAACAUGACGAGACGAUCCGCCAAUAUUUCGCAUGCAUAACAUCUGCCUACGACGCGCAAAUUAACCCAAAUAAUUUUUUUACUCGAAAAACAUAAAACAGUAUUUAAUUAAAUUAUUAUUAUUAUUACCUGCUACAAGCGAUAAAAUUAGUUAGUUCAAGUGCAAAACGUGAUUUAAUUCAAGUUUAUUACAUACUUAAAAUACUACUUAAUAGAUAACAGAAUAAAACUCAAAAAUGGAUCAUGAAAAGCGUGAAAAACGUCGACCAAAUCCAAGGGCCAGCAGCAACUUUCUAUCAUCAUUAUUCCUAAUUUACAUGUUACCAAUUUUCUACCGCUCGUUCAAAAAAGGUCUCAACGAGAACGAUCUCUUCGAACCACUCGACGAACACAAGUCGAAAUUGGUCGGCGAAAAACUUGAAAAGUUAUACAAUCGCUACAACAAGCGAUACAAAAAAUGGUCGCUGCACUUGGCGAUAACACACGCCUUCGGGCUGGAGUUUCUUGCCAUCGGAUUGUUGACACUUUUCAAAGAACUAGUUGUUAUUAUUAUAGAACCAAUACUAAUUGGAAAGUUGGUUGCCUACUUUGCACAAACUACUGAAGUGAUAACGCACGAAGAGGCUUAUUAUUACACAGCGGCCCUGAUAUGCUCUAUGUGCGUGGAGCGAAUCAUUGCACAUCCGUCCAUGAUGUGGAUUAUGCACGUGGCGAUGAAAAUGCGAAUCUCUUGCAGUGCAUUAGUAUACCGCAAGACUUUAAAAUUGAGCAAAAGUGCUCUGGGCCAAACCACAGUCGGACAUGUUGUCAAUUUAUUAUCAAACGAUGUCAGCAAGUUUGAUCAGGGAUUUGUACUUGCGCAUUUCUCAUGGGUAGCGCCUAUUCAAUCAGUAGUCGCCAUUUACUUCCUGUAUAGGGAGAUUGGUGCUGCGUGUUUCCUAGGAGUUGGGUUCCUGUUGACUUUCAUACCGUUACAGAUGUUGAUGGCUAAGAGGACUUCCGUUCUACGUCUGCGCACUGCCUUACGCACAGACGAACGAGUGAGACUGAUGAAUGAGAUUAUUUCCGGUAUUCAGGUGAUCAAAAUGUACACGUGGGAGAAACCUUUUGCCAAAUUAAUUGCACUUAGCAGAAGUAAGGAGAUUGAAUCAAUCCGUGCCCACAAAGUGUUGAUCGCAUUGACGUACUCAAUUGAAUUGUUUGCCUCCCGUACCGCCAUUUUUAUCAGUUUGGUAUCCUACGUCUUGAUGGGUAACAGUGUGACUGCCGAAACUGCUUUCGGUAUCACGGCCAUUUACAACGUCAUGAAGACUACUAUUACGUUUUUAUUUACCAUCAGUAUCACUUCUCUUGCCGAGGUAAACGUUUCAAUCAAGCGUAUCAAGAAGUUCCUUGAUUACGACGAGUUGCCGACUAAGAUGAUACUGCCACCUCCUGGGGUUACCAUGGAAACCAAAGAAAAAGACAUAAAAGAAAAACUUGGCAAUAGUACUAAUGGAUUGAAUGGCAAUUCACUUAUUCCAAUCACACCACCAACACCAAAAGUAAUCUUAAACAAAGUGUUUGCUAAAUGGAGCAAGGACCAGAGUGAUGACACACUUGCAGAUAUCAGUUUCAGCAUUACCGAUCCCCAGUUGUUUGCUGUGAUUGGUCCAGUUGGAAGUGGUAAAAGCAGCCUGCUAAAUGUUAUUCUUUCCGAGUUACCCGUAUCUGAAGGUGAUGUCCACAUCUCUGGUAAAGUUUCAUUUUCUGCACAAGAACCCUGGUUAUUCUCUGGAAAUGUGCGUCAAAAUAUCCUCUUUGGGGAUGCUUAUGAUGAACAAAGGUACAGGAAAGUUUGCAAGGUAUGUCAAUUAGAAUCUGACUUUGCGCAAUUGCCGCAUGGUGAUAAAACCCUCGUUGGUGAACGUGGUAAGACCUUAAGCGGUGGACAAAAGGCCCGUGUGACAUUAGCACGAUGUAUUUACAAGAAAGCUGAUAUCUAUUUGUUGGACGAUCCUCUAUCAGCUGUGGACGCUAAUGUCGGAAAGAAAUUAUAUCAUGAAUGCAUCCGAGGAUUUCUAGCAACAAAGAUCUGUAUCUUGAUCACACAUCAAUUGCAAUAUUUAAAGAACGCGGAUAAGAUUCUCAUCCUGAAUGAUGGUACCGUUGGUGGUUUGGGGACCUACAGUGAGUUGCAAAACAGUGGAUUGGAUUUUGCAAAACUAUUGGAAGCUUUCCAAUCACCUGAAGAGGAAGUUGAAGCGCGUAAAAUCAAAUCACGUCAAAACUCAGUCAAUUCCGAAAGUGACGAGAUCAAGUCAUUGCUUGAGGAUGAAUUAGACGAUGAGCCUACGUUAGAAAAAGAAAACGUGACUUCUGGAGUGAUAAACUUCGGGACGUACCGAAGGUACUUCCGUGCCGGAGGAAACUACUUCACAAUAUUCUGCUUGGCAAUGGCCUUCUUGUUAUUUGAGGUUGUCUCCAGAGCAAACGAUUACUACAUCACUUAUUGGGUGAACACAGAGCAAUACUUCGCCGAACACUCUAAUAUGAGUCAAUAUGAACAGAAUGCAACCAGAAAUGAACUGAUUUACGAGUAUACCGGAGUUACCAUUGCCACCAUUUUGUUAGCGGUGUUACACAAUCUCUUCGUAUUCCUGUUUCUAAUGAAGGCGUCAAUUAAUCUACACAACUUCAUUUUCAAUCAGUUGGUUAAGGCUAAGAUGAAGUUUUACAAUGCUAACCCGACUGGAAGGAUUUUGAACAGGUUUUCGAGAGAUUUGGGAGUUAUCGAUGAGUAUCUUCCGUAUAUUAUUGCGGAUUGCAGUGGGAUUGGUUUGUUAUUGGUUGGUACGAUUGUGCUAACUAGUAUUGUGAAUCCUAUGUUGUUACCACCUGCAUUGGUGCUAAUGGCGUUGUUUUACUUGAUGCGCAUUGUCUAUUUGAAGACCAGUCGGAGUGUCAAGAGAAUUGAAGGAAUAACACGUAGCCCAAUUUUCAACCAAAUGACAGCUACCAUGAACGGUUUAAGUACAAUUCGUGCCUUUGAUGCAGAGAAGAUGUUGAUCAAAGAGUUUGACAGUUUCCAAGAUCUGCACAGCUCAGCAUGGUUCAUCUUCAUUGCUUCCACCAGAGCGUUCGGGUUCUGGUUGGAUAUGAUUUGUGUGUUCUUCAUCGGUUUGGUGGUCAUUGUCUUGCUUGUUAUCAAUGCGAGCAUGUAUGGCGGUGAUCUAGGAUUGAUCAUUACGCAAUACAUGGGUCUGAUGGGUUCACUUCAGUGGGGUAUGCGACAGUGGAGUGAGUUAGAAAAUCAGAUGACUUCAGUUGAAAGAGUUCUGGAGUAUACCAAAUUGGACAAUGAACCAGAAAGAGAAGAAAACUCUAAACUGCCAAAGGAUUGGCCCAGUAGUGGAAAACUAGAGUUCAGGGACGUGUCCAUGCGUUAUUUGGAAUCUGAUCCACCUGUAUUGAAGAAUUUGAAUUUCGUUGUGCAUCCAGCUGAAAAGGUUGGAAUAGUUGGUCGCACGGGAGCUGGCAAGUCUUCCAUCAUUGUGUCCCUUUUCCAAUUGUAUGAGUUGGAAGGUGGUAUUUUGAUUGACGAUAUUGAUUCCACAAAACUUCCAUUAAAUAUUGUGCGUGCCAAGGUUUCAAUCAUUCCACAGGAGCCAAUUCUUUUCUCAGGCACGAUGAGAAAGAACUUGGAUCCGUUUGAUGAGUACAGUGAUGAAAUUUUGUGGAACGCUUUGGAACAAGUCGAGCUGAAGGAGGUUGUAGCUGAGAUGUCCCAAGGGCUACACACUAACAUAUCGGAAGGAGGGUCCAAUUAUAGUGUAGGACAACGUCAGCUUGUCUGUUUGGCACGAGCUAUUAUCAGAAACAACAAAAUUUUGGUAUUGGACGAAGCAACAGCUAACGUGGAUCCACACACGGAUGCAUUGAUUCAGAAAACCAUACGGAAGAAAUUUGCAGAAUGCACGGUGUUGACCAUAGCCCAUAGGUUACAUACUGUUAUGGAUUCCGAUAAAAUAUUGGUAAUGGACGACGGGCGCGUGGUGGAGUUUGACACGCCUUACAUGUUAUUACAACGAGAUAAGAGUAUCUUCAAGGAGAUGGUCGAGACCACUGGGACAGCAACCGCGAAGGUAUUGAAGGAUAUUGCCGAAAAGACGCACAAUGAAUCUAAGGACAAGUGAUCAAAUAAGUGCCUCAGAAAGUGAAUUGAAAAUGUACCAUUUUGGUAUUCCUUAACAUUCUUGUGAUAUUACCGCUUAUUAGAUAAGAUUAAUUUUGUAAUAUACAAAUUGAUGAUCAAUUAUUUAGGUAUUUUCAUGCAAUUGUCGUUAAGGGUUACUGUGUCUUACAGUGGUGGAAGGCAUUUUUACGUUGGAUGAGAAAUGGAUGAUUUAUUAUUUUCAGCAAGUUUAAAUACAACUUGUAACAAGAAUAA